AUGUCAACAAGUUUAGAAGAUAUAGAUUUUGACAAGUUAAAAAAAAAGUUCCAUUUCUUGAUGAAUUUACCAUUAAAAGAAUUGUAUGAGUUAUUUUCUACAUACGGUAGUUUUCCAUCUAAUGGAGAUUUUUUGUGUAAGGGUCUUCCAAAUAUAAAUGCUCCUAAUACCUGUAAUGUUCUUUCUCCCUGUAUAAGUGUUCAAAAUGUUCUUCCAAAAUUAAACCGUAUGUUUCCAGAUAAACAAAUAGAUAAUAAAAUUAAGGUAUGUGAACAUUUAAACUACUGGAUAUAUGAUAAUAUAAAAAAUAUUGCCGACUGCAAAGAAGUUGAAAAUUUUUAUAAUAAAUUAAACACAAUGAAGUCAUCUUUUCUAACAGAUAUUCAUAACUGUGAAAUAAAAAAUUUUGCAAUUAGUAAAGACCAAUUCAUUAUAAAGGAAAAAUUAUUCCUACAUGCUGAAAUUUUACACUGGAUUAAAGAGGAAACAAAGUUUAUUUAUCCUAACGAACACAAUUUGUACAAUGAAUACAUUGAUGAAUGUGUUAAUUUUUAUAAGGCUCAUAUAUGCAAGAAUAUUAGCACAAUACAGGAAGAGCAUACUAAAGAGUUGGCGAUUUUUAAAAGUAAUUUUGAAAGCGCAGUAUCAUUUUUAGGGGAAAAGGGAGUAAGCAUAAAUCAAGGCAAAUUAGAGUGCCAAACGGUUUUGCAAAAUCAGCAAGCUAGAGAAAGAAGUGCAAAAGAGGGAAAACAACAAGAAGGAGGACCAGAAGAACUAGCAGAAGAUGGACAACGAGGAGCAGCAGGACCUAGUGAACGAGUAGAAGAACUACGUGGACCACCAGGACCAGAAAUGCCACUACCCGUAGUAGGAAACAAUCCAACUGACCAAGUUACUACAGAUACGGCUGUUAGUGGAGAUCUUCUUAAACCAUCUAUAACAGGAAAAGUAGGUACAAUUGGCACUACACUUGCAGGAUCUUCAUUAUUUCUAGUAAUGAUGUAUAAGUAUACUCCUUUUGGAUCAUGGAUAAAUACAAGAGUACUAAAGAAAGAUAAAUUAAUGGAAAAUAUGAACAAAAAUAAUUACGAAUUACUACUAAACGAUGUUGGAAAUGAUAAGACAAGUUUAAACGAUCCGAUGUAUCACAUAAGAUAUAAUUCUUUAACAAAUCAGUAA